AUGGGGAAGCGGUCGAAAGAGUGUGCAGAAGAAGAGGUAGAUGAGGAGGAGCAGCCAACGAAGAAGCUUCAGACUGAUCCGCCCGAGUAUGAGGACCCUGCUCUCGACAACGAUGAAGGAGAGCCAACGCAGUUUUCGGUGUCCAUCGGUGGGCUCAGCUUCGAAACAAAGCGAAAGGCUCUGCGCAAGGCUUGUGCGAAGUUCGGGGAGGUGGUGACCGUGCGAAGAUGGGUGCGGGGAGCUCCUCGGCGAGCCGACGUUUCCUUCUCCUCAGCGGAAGAGAUGGAAGCGGCCAUCCAAGGAAUGGAGGGCAAGGAGAUAGACGGACGAACCGUCAAGGUCAAAGCCACUCCAAAGGAGGAGGAGGCUGCAGGCAAAAAGAAGGGGAAGGGUAAAGGCAAAGGAAAGGGAAAGGGCAAAGGCAAGGGCAAGAGCAAGGGGAAAGGUGGGGGGAAGGGAAAAGGCGGCUGA